AUGAAGAGAAAAGAUAAUAAAAGGUGUGAAACUAAUAUGACAGAGAGUGAUCGAAUAAUUCGAAAAAAAAAAGAGGAUAAUCUUUUUGAAAUGUUAAGAAAUAACGAUGUAAGAUCAAAAUCUUCGCUGAACCUCAUAUGGAUGGAUUAUUUUUAUCAUGAUAUAAAAAAUAUAACAAACAAAAUUGCAAGUUUUUCAAAUCAAAGUAGCAAAAAAGAAGCUUAUAAAAAAUACAUGUUAGCAUUCAAUAUAAAUGUUAAUGAUGCUUGCAUAUAUUUCAAAGACAUUCUAAUUAAUACAUUUAAAAUAUAUGAUGAAAUAAAAUUAGAUUACAUAUUAUACAUAAAGAAACAUGCCCAAAAAACGAACAAUAUGUUAUUUUUGAAAUAUCUAUAUAAUAUAAAUGUGUUUCAAGAAGACAUAAGCAUUUGCCCAUUUAGUUGCGAUAAUUAUACUAAUAAUGUUGUAGAUAAAUUCUAUGCAUUAUAUAAUAAUAAUAGUAAUUACGAUGAAAGUAAGGAAAUUAAACGAUUAUAUAUCAAUUUAGAAAUAUGUAGAAAAUGUAUAUGCAACACAUUUAAAUUUCUUGGGGAUUUGUUUAGAUAUAAAUAUAAAUUUUUUAAUGAAGAUAAGAAGGAAAAUGAAUUUAAUUCAUAUAUUAAUUAUUAUAGGUCUUUAUAUUAUUCCAGAUCUAAUGGAUAUUUAUUUACUCAGUUAUCAUUAUUAUAUACAAAUACAAAUCCUAUAAAAUCUUUGUAUUUUCAUUUUUUAUCACUAAUAUCAUAUCGGCCAUCUAAAAGCAGGGAUACUGUUGUUAUUUUUAUGGAACAAAUAUUAGAUAAAAAAAAUACAGCGGAAGCGAUUUUGCAAUUCGUUAAGGAUGUCUAUCAGUUUAGUGACGAAAGUGGCGAAAGUAGCGAAAGUGGUGAGGACCAGACAGAAAACAAUAGUGAUCAUACUUGUAUGAAUAAUAAGAAAAUAAAAAGGAUCAUAAAAAAAAGGUCUAAAUCAAUUAGCCAUCGAAGAAAAUCCAGAAAGAGGAGCCAUUCAUAUAAGAACAGAAAAUAUAAUAAUAGUAGUAUAGAAAAUGAUAUUGAAACAUGUAGUAGUAUUGACAUACAUAGUUAUAGCAAAAAUGUUGCUGGCACAUAUAGUAGUAGUAGUGGAAGCAGUUGUAGCGAAAAUGGUAAUGAUACUUGUAGUAGAACUAAGCCUUUUAGGAGCAAUACAAAUAAAAAGAGUAACCAUGAUUGUAUAGAUGAUGGGAAAAAUGGAAAAAACGGAAAAAAUGAGCAUAGAAGGAAUGGAAACUCGGGGGAAGAACUAACAACAAAGCAAUUGCUACGAAGAAUUUGUAAUGAGAAAAAAAUGGAUAUUUCUAAAAAAAAAAAUAAAAAUAAAAAAAUAAAUAAAAAAAUAAAUAUAAAAAAAAAUGGCGCAUACAAAGAAUUAAAAGAAACAAUUGUAAAAUUUUAUAUUAGUUAUUUUAAAAUUAUAAAACUAUUAUUUUCAAAGAUUGAUAUGAAUAAAUUUGAAAAAAAAAAAAAUAAAUUUAUGUAUUAUACAAAUAAAUAUGUAAAAAUUCAAUACUAUAAUAAAAUAGAUAAUGAUUUAAUAUUUAAAAAUAUUAUUGUUAUUGUUUUUACUUUGCUAAGUAUGAUCAUAUAUAUUAUUACUAAUCAGUAUGACAUAAAAAGAAAUAAAAUAGACAAAUUUUUUUACGGAAAUGUUGAUAUAAAUAAAUAUAUAUAUAAAAAUGAGCAAAUAUAUUUUUCAUUUAUUUUAAUUCAUGAAAUUUUAUUAUCAUGUAAAUAUUUUUAUAACAAUUUUUAUCCAAAAUAUUUAUCUAUAUUUAUAUAUAUAAUGUAUUGGAUUCAUAAUGAGCCAAGUUUAAACAAUACACACAUAACUAAACUAGAUGAGCAAGACAAUGAAGAAAAAAAUAAUUUAAUUAAGCAAUAUCAUGAAUAUUAUAAGAAAAAAGCAACAGUUGAUUUUUGUUCUAAUAAUAAUAAGAAGGAUGGUGAAAAAAAAAAAUAUUGUAAAAAUAACGAUCAAGAAUAUUUGAAAAAUGGUGACAUUAUACAUAGUAUUAAAGAUUUGAUAUAUAGUAUAAAAAUUAAAGAGGAUGUUAAAUUUGAUAUUCGUUUGUUGUAUUAUAUACUCGAUGAAGAUUCGUGUGUUCAUCCAUUUUUGAAUGAUCUAGAAUUCCAAAAUGAAAAUAUUCGAUUAUCAAAAUGUCAGGAUAGUAGAAAUAGUCAAAUUAAUACUUAUUCUGUUCAAGAAUUAAGUGAUUUUGAUAAUUCCGAUGAAGAAGAUGUUAUAUUUUUAAAAAAAAAAAUUUUUGGAAAAUCUUCUUCAUUUUCCACAGAUAAAAAAUUAAAAAAAGAAAAGAAUAAUAAGCUAAAUAAAUAUAAUGAAUUAUAUGAAGAUUCUGAAUUGUAUAAUGACUAUGAAAACACAGAAAAUGAUAGUUGUAGUGAUUAUACGAGUAUUCAAAGUAAAGAUAAAAAAAAAGGAAAAGUGAAACAGUAUGAAGAAUCUCAAAAAAUAAAUCAUACAAAUUUUAUGAUAAACAAAAAUAAGCACAAGAAAUAUUUUACCAAUGAUAAGAAAAAUGACGAAGAAAUAUACCAUAUGGGUAAAAUAGAAGAUAAAAUAAGAAUAAUACGAUUUUAUUCAAUUUUGAAUAGCAAAAAUAAAAUUGACAACAAAAAUAAAAUUUCUAAGGAAAGUAAAAAUAAAAUUUUAAAACAAACCAAAAAUGAGUAUUUAAAAACAAAUAUUAAGAAAAAUAAUUCAAAACGAAUUAAAAUGAUCAAAAACAUACGAAUAUUUUCUAAAGAUGUUCAAAACAAGCAAGCUGAUAAUGACCCAUUAAUAUCCUGCAUAAUUGCAAAUAAAAGAUUAAAAAAAAAAUCGGAAAAUACAGAUUCGACAUCUGAUGAUAUGAAUAAUCAGAGUGAUAGUUCUUAUAUUUCUCAUAGUAAUGAUAAUGAAUUAAAAUCUGAAUCGGAAAAUUCGAAAAUCGCGAUGAUAACCAAUUCUAAUAAUUCAGAUGAGGAUACUGAGGAUAAAAGUCUUAGAAAUAGUAGCUCUAUAAAUAGCGACACAAGAAAUAGUACAUCGGGAUAUGUUAGCAAUUAUACAACUUCUGAGGAUUAUGAGGGUAGCGAUAGUAAAAGCAGUAAAACAGUUUUAAACAAAUUGUGUGAUUCCAAAAAGCUCAAAAAAAGGCACACUUCAUUAAAUAAUAAAUUUAUAGUUGAUAAUAAAAAUGGUAAAAUUGAUUCAAAUGAGGAAAAUAAUAAUACUGAUAUAAUAAAAACAUAUCAUGAAAAUAUUAUUCCGAAAAAUGAAGAGACAACAAAAAGGGAAAUAAAUGUAUGUCAUAUUUCUGUUAAAAAUAAUAGUAUAUCUAAUAAUAAUGAAUAUUUAUAUAAUAAUAGAAAAAACAUUUUAAAUGAUAUUUGCGUUCAGAAAAAUUCCAAUUUUGUAGAUUCUACAAAAUUUACCAAACUGGAGUAUCUGCCUUUUACCCCAACACAAAAAGAUAAUUUAUAUGAUUCCUUAAAAACAUCAAUAAUUAAUAAUAGUAGUAAUUAUAAUGAAAUAAAGAAAGACACAUAUGAAGAAAUACUCAAUGAUGUGGUAAUAAAUUAUAGAAAUAAAAACGAGGGUGGUAUAAGUUUAAAUAUAUUGAAUAGUAAUUUAUAUUUUAAUGAAAGAAAUAAAAAGGUAGUUUUAUUAGAUGGAAAAAACAUUGGAACAAGAUAUCAAAGUAAUUAUAUAAAAUAUUUUGAUAUUUUUAGAAUUAAAACUGUAUUAGAUUAUUAUAAACUAAAUAAAUAUAAAGUUAAAAUAAUUAUACCACAAGAAUAUGUUAUACAGCAUUCUGAUACACUUAAUAUUCGUCAUUUAAUUCAAAAAAAAUCUCAAAAAGAACCAAUAUAUUAUACUUCUAACGGAAUAAACGAAAAAAACUAUCAUAUUAAUUCUAAUUAUCAUAGUGAUAACCAUCUAUAUAAAAAUAAUGGCUAUGAUAUAAAUAAUGAUAUUAUAGAGGAUACUGAAAACAAUGAGUUUUAUCUUAAUACAAAAGAUUUAUUGUUUUUUAAACAUUUGAAUAUAUUAGGAUGUUUAAUAACCCACCCAUUAGAAAGUUAUUAUCAAUUUUGUAUAUAUUUAAUACAAAAAUUUAAUUCGGGGUUUGUUACAAAUAUCACUAUAUCUGAGUUAGCUAGUAAAUUGCAUAAAUAUGAACAAGCAAUACAGCCCAUAUUUCCGCAUUUAAUUUCUUAUACAUUUCUUGGUGAUGAAUUUUUACCCAAUCCAGAUUUUAAAUGGCCAACAUCGAACAGCAUGAAAUAA